CCCUGCGGCUCGGGAUGGAGGGUGAGUGAGUAAACAAGCCCGGGCCGGGCGGUGGGGCCGGGCCUCGGAACCUCGCCACCCGGGGCCGGAGAAAGGGAAAGGCGAAGAGGUCAGAGAAUUGGGAGGAAGCGGAGGGGCUCACUGCCUACCUGGCCGGGGAUAGCGGGGCGCCCCUCCCCGUUCCAGGGCUGGAGAAAACUGGCACACUGUUUUCCUAAGUGACAUUCCCACCAGCAGUGUAUGAAGAUUCCAGUUGCUCCACAUCUUCACCAAAAAUUGCUGAACAUUUGUUUUGCCUUUGUGUCUUGCCAUUCCUCCAAAGAACAGAAGGCAUAAUAUAAAACAUGAUACCUCUCCUUGUAUUCUAUGAGAUUACAGCAAAAUGGAUAUACCAAAUCCCCCAACUUCCAAAUGUAUCACUUACUGGAAAAGAAAAGUUAAAUCUGAGUACAUGCGACUUCGACAACUUAAACGGCUACAGGCAAAUAUGGGUGCAAAGGCUCUGUAUGUAGCAAAUUUUGCAAAGGUUCAAGAAAAAACCCAGAUCCUCAAUGAAGAAUGGAAGAAACUUCGUGUCCAACCUGUACAGUUGAUGAAGCCUGUGAGUGGGCAUCCUUUUCUCAAAAAGUGUACCAUAGAAAGCAUUUUCCCGGGAUUUUCAAGCCAACAUAUGUUAAUGAGGUCUCUGAACACAGUUGCUUUGGUUCCUAUCAUGUAUUCCUGGUCCCCUCUCCAGCAAAACUUUAUGGUGGAAGAUGAGACGGUUUUGUGCAAUAUUCCCUACAUGGGAGAUGAGGUGAAAGAAGAAGAUGAGACUUUCAUUGAGGAGCUGAUCAAUAAUUACGAUGGGAAAGUCCACGGUGAAGAAGAGAUGAUCCCUGGAUCUGUCCUGAUUAGUGAUGCUGUUUUCCUGGAGUUGGUAGAUGCUCUGAAUCAAUACUCAGAUGAGGAAGAGGAAGGGCACAAUGACACCUCAGAUGGAAAGCAAGGUGACAGCAAAGAAGAUCUGCCAGUAACAAGAAAGAGAAAACGACAUGCUAUUGAAGGCAACAAAAAGAGUUCCAAGAAACAGUUCCCAAAUGAUAUGAUCUUCAGUGCAAUUGCCUCGAUGUUCCCUGAGAAUGGUGUCCCAGAUGACAUGAAGGAGAGGUAUCGAGAGCUAACAGAGAUGUCAGACCCCAACGCACUUCCCCCUCAGUGCACACCCAACAUUGAUGGCCCCAAUGCCAAGUCUGUGCAGCGGGAACAGUCCCUGCACUCCUUCCACACACUUUUUUGCCGGCGCUGCUUCAAAUAUGACUGCUUCCUCCACCCUUUUCAUGCCACUCCUAAUGUAUAUAAACGCAAGAACAAAGAAAUCAAGAUUGAACCAGAACCCUGUGGUACAGACUGCUUCCUUUUGCUGGAAGGAGCAAAGGAGUAUGCCAUGCUCCACAACCCUCGCUCCAAGUGCUCUGGUCGUCGCCGGCGUAGACACCACAUGGUCAGUGCUUCCUGUUCCAACACUUCAGCCUCUGCUGUGUCUGAGACUAAAGAAGGAGACAGUGACAGGGACACAGGCAAUGACUGGGCAUCCAGUUCUUCAGAGGCCAACUCUCGUUGUCAGACACCCACAAAACAGAAGGCCAGUCCAGCCCCACCUCAGCUCUGUGUAGUGGAAGCACCCUCGGAGCCUGUGGAAUGGACUGGGGCUGAAGAAUCUCUUUUUCGAGUCUUUCAUGGCACCUACUUCAACAACUUCUGUUCAAUAGCCAGACUUCUGGGGACGAAGACGUGCAAGCAGGUCUUUCAGUUUGCAGUCAAAGAAUCACUUAUCUUGAAGCUGCCAACAGAUGAGCUCAUGAACCCCUCACAGAAGAAGAAAAGAAAACACAGGUUGUGGGCUGCACAUUGUCGGAAAAUUCAACUGAAGAAAGAUAACUCUUCCACACAAGUGUACAACUACCAACCUUGCGACCAUCCAGACCGCCCCUGUGACAGCACCUGCCCCUGCAUCAUGACUCAGAAUUUCUGUGAGAAGUUCUGCCAGUGCAACCCAGACUGUCAGAAUCGUUUUCCUGGCUGUCGCUGUAAGACCCAGUGCAAUACCAAGCAGUGUCCUUGCUAUCUGGCAGUGCGGGAGUGUGACCCUGACCUGUGUCUCACCUGUGGGGCCUCAGAGCACUGGGACUGCAAGGUGGUCUCCUGUAAAAACUGCAGCAUUCAGCGUGGACUCAAGAAGCACCUGUUGCUGGCCCCUUCAGAUGUGGCCGGAUGGGGCACCUUCAUUAAGGAGUCUGUGCAGAAGAACGAAUUCAUUUCUGAAUAUUGUGGUGAGCUCAUCUCUCAGGAUGAGGCUGAUCGGCGAGGAAAGGUUUAUGACAAAUACAUGUCCAGCUUCCUCUUCAACCUCAACAAUGAUUUUGUAGUGGAUGCUACCCGGAAAGGAAACAAAAUUAGAUUUGCAAACCAUUCAGUGAACCCCAACUGUUAUGCUAAAGUGGUCAUGGUGAAUGGGGACCAUCGAAUCGGGAUCUUUGCCAAGAGGGCGAUUCAAGCUGGUGAAGAGCUCUUCUUUGAUUACAGGUACAGCCAAGCUGAUGCCCUCAAGUACGUGGGGAUUGAGAGGGAGACCGAUGUCCUUUAGCCCUCCCGGGCCCCACACCAGCGCUUAUGGUAGCGGCACUGUCUUUGCUUCCAUGCACACACCACUGCUGCUCAAGUUUCCUGCACUAUGUGUCUCCCACCCCGAGAAACCCCCCACCCACUUCCUCUGUAGUGAGGCCUCAGCUAUGUCCAGUGGGUACAAAACUGUCUCAGUGAGAGGGGAGACAGGGGCAGCUAGGGAUUGGGCUUCCAGGAGAGAGAGUUGCAGAAGUGGGAGACUGCACCUCAGGCCUCAGAGGAGGAGAGCACAGGCUCGGGGUGGGUGAUUUAUGUUUAUUUUCUUUUCAGCUACUUAGGCUGUGGGCCUCAGGAAUCAAUUGGACAGUUCCUAACAAGCAUUAGCCUAUAAUUCUAACUUUCUAAAUCAAGGGUCCUUAUGUAAUUGGGUUGCCAGCAUAUCUGUCUGUGAUCCUAAGACCUGGGGAGAACAGGCUAAGUGCAGUUCAGUACCUGGAACUUAGGAGUGGUCUGGGUUAAAGGCAAGGCUGAUGGGCAGCACAGACUGAAUUCAGAGGGGAGAUAGGUCACCUUACUACCUCUUCUCUCCUGCAGAGUUCAGACUGAAAGAGUGUGGCCUCUAAGUAUAGCUAUUCAAUGCUAGGGGAAGGAAAACUAAGUGCCAUCCUGCCAUAGACAGAGAGUGAGAGCCAGCCUAAUGGUAGUAGUUGAACUGAUAAGCCUGGGCCCAGCAGGCUUUGAGAAACCUUCUCUCUGCUCUGGAGAUGGAUGGAUAAGUUUUCAGAUUCCAGGAGCAGGUGCCAGUGCCCUGUCAACUUCUUCCAAAGCCGGCUUAACGACUGCAGGCAGGCAUUAUGCUGCUGCAGAAGAAAUGGGGUGUGCCAGGCUGGGUGUGAACAUUCUGGUUCCCUGGAUAUCUAGUUGUUUUUCAGGCCUUUCAUCCCCCUUAGAGGCUAGGCCCGUGGGGCCACGUUUCUUCUCUCUUCCAGGUAUUGGGUAUUUGCCUGGACUAAAGAAGGGGAAGGUCAGUGUGACUUUCUUGUCUAAAGCACCUGCUGUUGGGGAGGGACAAUUGACAGUUUGGAGGCGAGGGACUGCCACAUUGCACAUGUGUAGGAUGGCAUCAUGCGUGCAGUGCAGAUGGGCAGAGGGUAUUUGAAGUGUCCAGAAGAAGAUGGUCCACCACCUGUGCUAGUCCAUGGUGCCAUUCUCUCUGGGAUUCGUGCAGAGCAAAGCACUUUAUUUCUUUUAGAAGGUCUGUGGAUUGAGGUGGAGUUUGAGCCAAGAUCUCUGGGGUCCGUGCCCAAAUCCCAUUUUAAGGGAGGGGGAAAGAGGGGAACAGGUGAAGAUUCUCUCUCAGUUCUGUCUCUCCUGCUGAAGCAGAAGGAGCUACCUUGACACAUAAGAACUGAAGGAGAGUGGGGCCAACUCUAAGAGCUGCCCCAGUGUCUGUGGCUGGUGUGCUGAGCUAGCAGGGAAUAAGGAGCACUGUGCAACGUAAAAGGAUGUGGGCAGGUACAGACUGACCUAGAGAGUAUCAGAAUAGGGAGCAGGCUUCUCCCUUCUCCCUAGAGAAUCAGAUCCUCUCUUCUCCAGUCUAUGCUGACCACUCCCUUCUUCCAACCCCGCUGGCCAUCCCAUGAAGCAGGGAGUGGGGUUCUUCUGGUCGAGCUGUUGCCUAGGGAUUUUGCACACACACACUCACGUUCUUGCACUCACCACACUUGUGGGCACGCAUGCACUCAGCACUGAGCACAGCCCCAGCCAGCUUCUGACAGAAGCCUCUUCCCACCUGAUUGGGCCAGCCCCCACUGUGAUUCUGAAACCUACAUCUGCUUGGGUUUAUAUUCACUGGGGACACCCUCUAGCUGGACUGCAGGCUCUGAAUUACUCAUAAAUUAUAUGGAAAAACCAGAGACAGGCAAAGAAGGAGUUAGGUCUGUCUGAAGUGCCAGGGGCUGGCUAUGAGGACUAGGUUGGGAGAAAAUUACAUCAAGCCUUUGAGAGGCUAGAUUGACCCCACCCUUCUGUCAGUGUACAGAAUCACUGUGGUCUAUCCCCUUCUUCCCCAGUUUCAGACCACUAAUACUCCUGUUCCUGCAGCAUUCCCAUUCUUUUUCCCUGCUAACCCCCACCUUUAAUGACGGGUCUCAACCCCUCCCCCCCCAGACAUGUAAUAAUGGAUGGAACACAAGGUGGUGGGGACCCAGGGGAGGCUGGUAUGUGUGCAGCUUUACUGCCAGUGAAUUUCACGCACUUUAAAGUCCUGUGGCUUGUGACUUCUUAUCUGAAUAAAGUGGUAGAGUUCAUUUUG